AUGUCGUCACCUCGUGCGCGCGCUGGCUCCCGCCUUACACAGAUCUCCAAGCAUUUAGACUCGAAGCCCUUUCUCGAAUUGAACACUCCCUUCUCCACUGAACGCACCGCCCGCAUCGAAGACGAACAAGGCAAUCGCAUACCUCCCAAGAAGGCCGAAGAGUUCAAGCAGGAAGCCAAGAAGGAAAUCAAGAAGGAAGUAGAGCAGGUCAAGAAGCUUGCGCCGGAACCCCCCAAGAAGAUGUCGAGCCAAGCACCACACCCUGCCCUGCUCAUUCCUGGGCCCAUUGAGUUUGACGAUGCCGUACUUUCGUCCAUGAGCCAUUACAGUGAAUCGCAUGUCGGCCAACCCUUUGUAAACACCUUCAGCGAAGUCCUCGGAAACCUGCGCAAGCUGUUCCUGUCCAGCGACCCUGCCGCGCAACCCUUCGUCAUCUCUGGCUCUGGCACACUCGGAUGGGACCAGGUAGCGGCCAACUUGGUAGAGCCCGGCGAUGAGGUGCUCGUCCUACACACCGGCUACUUUGCCGACUCGUUCGCCGACUGCUUCGAGACCUACGGUGUUAAGGCUACACAGCUCAAAGCGCCCAUUGGCGACCGACCACAACUCGAUGAGGUGGAGAAGGCACUGAAGGAGAAGGAGUACAAGAUCCUGACCGUCACCCACGUCGACACGUCGACUGGUGUGCUCAGCGAGAUCAAGGCAUUGAGCGAGCUUGUCCACAGGGUCAGCCCCGAGACAUUGGUCGUAGUCGACGGUGUCUGCAGUGUUGGCUCCGAAGAGAUCCGCUUCGACGAGUGGAAGCUCGAUGCCGUCAUCACGGCUUCGCAAAAGGGCAUUGGCUGCCCAGCUGGUCUGAGCAUCAUGAUGGUAUCUGGCCGCGCGAUUGAGAGGUUCAAGGCGAGGAAGACACGACCAACUUCUUACUUCGGCUCAUGGAAGAACUGGUUGCCCAUCAUGCAAAACUACGAAGCCAAGAAGGCGUCCUACUUCGCUACACCCUCCCCACAACUCAUCCACGCGCUCGACACUGCACUCAAACAGAUCCUCGCCCGACCCGUCGAAGACUACUGGGCCGCACACAAGACCGCGUCGCAAAAGGUCAAGAAGGCUGUUGCUGAUCUUGGUCUCAAGCAGCUUGCUUCCAAGCCUGAGAACCAGGCCACUGGUAUGACCGCCAUUUACCUACCUGAAGGUAUGACACCUCCGGACGUUCUGCCCAACCUCAUGAAGAAGGGUGUCAUCUUCGCUGGUGGUCUGCACAAGGAGAUCGCAACCAAGUACAUUCGCUUCGGACACAUGGGCGUCAGCGUCACCGACCCGAACCGACCAGACAUCACCAAGGCGAUUGAGAGCCUGAAGGAGGGUCUGGCGGAGGCUGGCUACAAAGCAUAG